UUAGCAUGUUUUUAUAACGGUUGCUUUUACCGUUAUAUAUGAGCGCCUCAAUCUGUUAUGUAUAAUUAUUUUUUUUAAUAUCAUUUAAAUAAAUUGAAGUAAAUAAUUGUUGGUAUGAAUUUUUAUCUCUUCUUCCCUCAUCUUACGCUCUCCCGCCGCUCUCUCCCGGUCUUCCUUCUCAGGCAGUUUCACCGGUUCUCACCGCCUCCGGCGCGGUGGUUACGUUCGUCUCUCUCUCCUGUCACCUCUCUGCCCAGACCCCCUGGCCCCUACCCCUCGCCUCUCCCUCUCUCUCCUCACCUUUUACCCUCUCACCCACCCCCAAAUCUAUAGCCCUAAUUCGUCGCCGCCACCCUCGCUCCUCCAAUCGCCGCUACCAUGCUUCGGAGCCCUACAAGGCAGGCCAGCUCUCACCCUCUACGCAUCUCUCCCUCGUCAUUUCCAUCUCAUUGCCUUUCUCUUCGGCUCUACUAGUCGCCCCCGCCGUGAAUUGUUGUCUUCGGCCCAGGCUCCGCCUCCUCCGCAAUUUCCCCCCCUACUCCACGAUUCACCGGAGAUCCCGUCCACUUCUAUGUCUCCGCCGCCGCCGCCUAAUUCUCCGCUAGACACCGUCGCUGCCAGAUUUUCUGAAUUUUUUUAUUAUAUUUUUUGUAUUUUUUUCUACAUCUCCAGAUUUCUGCAACUAGCUCAUCUUAAUAUUCCCACCGACUCCUCACUUCGCUCCGCCUUCGUCGCCGACUUCCGUGCCGCCCGCUUUUGUGACCCCGCCUGUAUUUCCUUCUCCCACUACCUUCUCAAUUACAAGGGUUUCCUCGGUUGCCAGAUUACAUCUUUAAGGCAAACCCAGGUGAUGGGUGUCAUGAAACAGGAGCAACCAGAGAGAUACUUACGGCUUGAGCAUCUACUGGUUCGGACUUACUUUGACCCAAAUGAGGUGUAUCAAGACUCUACAAAGGAGAAAAGACGUGCUCAAAUAGCCCAAGCUGUUGCGGCUGAAGUUUCAGUAGUUCCACCUUCACGAUUGAUGGCUUUGAUUGGUCAGGCUUUAAAAUGGCAGCAUCAUCAAGGGUUUUGAAUGGCUAUGCUGGUACUAAUCCUCGAAGAAGGCCUUUGGAUAAACAAGGACCUACAGUUGUUCAUCAAAAACCUGGGCCACUGCAAACAAUUUUUAAUCUUCUUCCUGAUGAGAUAUUGUUCCCUGCAUAUGACAGACAUGAUUAGAUUUAACAUAUUCUUAUUGAUGCCUUCUCUCUUUGUGUUGAGUGUUUAAAAGCUUGAAUAUUUUUGGACAACUUUAGGUAAAUUUAGUGGCUGAUAUCAGUAAUGCUCUUUGUCAGGUUGUGGAACACAGCUAUUCUUGUGCACUUGAGAGAUCAUUCUUGUAUCAUGGUCGGAUGUAUGUAUCAGCAUGGCACAUUUGCUUCCAUUCGAACGUUUUCUCCAAACAAAUGAAGGUGAACUCGCUCGUGUUGGUGCAGGUUCAUUAUUGUGAUUGAGUUUAUCAUCUUGGCGGAUCAAGUAGAUGGGAGUCGAUGAGCUAUGAGGACUACUACAAACGAGAAGGCUGAAGCAGAGAACGUCGUUUCAAAUGUCUAACAAGUUGCGCGCAUUUGUAAUAUUUUUUAAUUAAACAUCUAGCUAAAUAGAAUAUAUGUGAAGUUUUCAUUAUAUUUGGAUGAUAAUGUAUGAAUAUUUUGGAUGAUAUAUAAUAUUGUUAUUGUUGAUUUUAU